CCUACGAACCUCGACUCUGGGUAUCAAACUCCCUUCUCAGUUGUUAGCGGGACACCGCAUUUGUUUCCACUCGCCGGUGGAAGAAGAGAGAGAAGAAGAAGAAGAGGUGACUGUGAUUACAACGUGCUCUUCUUAAGUCAUGGCUUCAGACGAACCUACAGCAAAGAAACCCAAACUCUCCGAGAAGAAGGAGAAGGAGAAUACGGAGUGUCCCGGCGAAACUGCCGCUGCCAAACUGAGCCCUAAUUCACUCUUUGGCAUGGGGAACCCCUUGCUUGACAUAUGUGCUGUGGUGGACAAAGACUUUUUGGACAAAUAUGCUUUGAAACCCAAUGACCAGAUCCUGGCAGAUGACAGCCACAAAGCACUUUUUGAGGAGUUGGUGAAGAAAUUCAAUGUUGAAUACCACGCUGGGGGAGCCACGCAGAACUCCAUUAAGAUUGCUCAGUGGAUGAUCCAAGAACCUCAUAAUGUGGGCACGUUUUUCGGCUGCAUCGGCAAAGACAAGUUUGGACAGAUCCUGAAGCAGAAGGCGGAGGAAGCCCACAUCGACGCACACUACUACGAGCAGGACGAGGAGCCCACAGGGACGUGUGCUGCUUGCAUCACCGGAGAUAACAGGUCUCUGGUCGCUCACCUAGCUGCUGCUAAUUGUUAUAAGAAGGAGAAGCAUCUAGACCUUGAAGAAAACUGGAUGCUGGUGGAGAAAGCUAAAGUCUACUAUAUAGCUGGUUUCUUCCUGACAGUCUCUUUGGAGUCCAUCCUCAAAGUGGCUAAGCAUGCUUCUGAAAAUAACAAGCUGUUUUGCCUGAACCUCUCCGCGCCCUUCAUCUGCCAGUUCUUCAAGGACAACCUCAUGCAGGUUAUGCCCUACGUGGACUUGCUGUUCGGUAAUGAAACGGAGGCGUCUGCAUUUGCCAAAGAGCAAGACUUUGAGACCAAGGACAUUAAAGAGAUUGCCAAGAAAACUCAGGCUUUACCCAAAGUGAACAAAAAGAGACAGAGGAUUGUGGUGUUCACUCAGGGGAAUGAUGACACGGUCUUGGCCUCAGGUGACAAGACUGAGACCUUCCCUGUAGAAAAAGUUGACCCCAAGGACAUUGUUGACACAAAUGGUGCAGGCGAUGCCUUUGUUGGAGGUUUCCUUUCUGAGCUUGUCCAGGAAAAACCGCUGGAUCUAUGCGUGAGGGCUGGGCACUAUGCUGGCCACGUCAUCAUCAAACAAUCAGGUUGCACCUUCCCAGAAAAACCUGACUACAAGUGAAACGGUUACACCACUUGAAACCUCAUGCUCAUCUUACCACGCACAAGUCUGACUCUCAACCUCCUCUGUUUUUCUACAAAAUACUUCCCUCAAAUCUUGCUCUGUCCCUUUUUUCCACCGUCAGCCACCUCUGUUAUUUUUCAAUUUAUACGCACAUAAUUUCUUACCGAUUGUUGGUCUGGUGUCCCAUGCAUGUGUCUGUGUUCUCCACUUGGGGCCACUAUAGGAUUGAAAGCCAGUACAGGGAUUUAAAUGGCCACCAAGGAGUCAUGAUAACAAACGGCAAAUGUGAAAAUACUGGUUCCAAGUGCAGCGUGGGUUUUUAAAUAGCUGGUUAUUUUGGGAGUGUGUGAUACUGUCGCCGUCUGGCUGCUUUGUCUCCCACUCACUUCCAUCACACUCAGCUGCAAGUUCUUUUUAGUCUUUUGCAGACUGACUCAAAGUGAAAGAGGCUUAUUUCACAGUGGGAUGGCACAUAAUUUACUAACAAAGGAAAGAAGAAAAAAAAAACACCAUCAAGGCAGGUUUUGGAUGCUGUUUUGUAUAUCUGCUGUAGUGAUUUCUUUUAUUAGAUUAAUUUUUAACUUGUGGUUUUCAUUUAUAAAACCAAAUUAUUUAAUUUAAGAUUUUUUAAAUGUGUCAACAGCCUGUGCCCACAACUGUAGAAUGUCACCACCUGUUUCUUUUGUCAGAUUCUCAAAAGUUGCUGUCAACAGCAAUAGUGUGAGUCGAUGUUUAAUGGGCUGGUGCUUCUGAUUCCGAGUGCCUUUCUUUUUUUUUCCCUCUCUGUAAUUGUUACAAAGCCCAAAGUCUCGAUGAGCAGAGGCCUACAGGUGAACUUGCUGUUGAAAAAUUAAAGAAAACAAAAACUGCCGUCUCUGAAAUGCAUAUAAAACAACUGGUGUUGUUGGAGAGAGGUCAUUAUGUUCCAAUGUCAUGUCACAGAAUUAAGCGGGCAUUAAAAUGUGUCUGUCUUACUGUCAAUCUGUUUGUGAAUGUAUGUCAAUCUUUGGAAGUUUGGCACAGUCAGCUCGGCUAAAUUUAAGUCCUGUCGUCACAUCAACUGGAAAUAAACACAAUGCGUCAACA